UCAGGGCUGUCUUGUGCAGCCUGGCGGAUGUGGAGCCUGGGUCUUCCCUCGGCAUGUUAGCCGCUGCAGGGCGUCACUGUCGCCCUCACCUCCACCCCAGCCUUCUGGAAAUGGGCUGGGGUCCUGUCUCCUUUGGGAGAAAGGAAUAGAUAGGCCAGGCCUGGGAGAGGGGACUCAUGUAGACAUUCUUAGUGGCCCCCCUACCCUGUGCUCUAAUGGGGGGGGUAGGGAGUUGGCGCUGUUUUUUGCCGGGAGGGAGCAAUAUGUUCCAACAACUGGUGCUGAGCUUCGUUUGCCCAACAGCCAGCCUGCCUGGGGAGACAAUAUUUGAAAAACAUAGUAUGUAAACUUGGACCUGCUGGGGGUGUGAGAGUUGUGCAGGGGACACUGAGGGGGCAUUGAGACCUGCGCAGGCCCACUGGCCUUCCUUGCACCCCUUCUUAGUCCUCUAGAGGCAGAGCUCUGACUUUUCCUGGCAGGAAGUCCUUCAGUAUGUCUUACCUGGAUCCCUCCUGCUGUGAUUUCAGUAAAAGUAGUCUGUGCUAUUCUCUGCUGCUCCUUUUCUGGCUGGUGCUGUCUCUUGUCCACUGUGGGCUGGCUAGGUGUAUCCCAUUCACCCCCCUCACUCUCUCCCCUGCCCUCCAUCCCAAUAGUCAGGUUUAGAUUUCCCUGUUCUGGAAGGAGAGAUUUGGCCAAAGCAGGCAGGGUUGGAUCACUUCUUCCCCUGUUUUUUUAGGUGGGAGGGAAAGGAAUAGUUUGCCUCGCUAGAGGUGGGUUAGAGGUGGGUGCCUGGACGUGAACCUGUGAGGAACUAGAGCGGCCCUGGGACCACCUGCUUCAGCUGGGCCUGUGAAUGGAAUUCAGGAGCUGUGGGAGCAGUGCAUCUCCAGUGACUCCUGACAACUCUGGUGACCCUAGGCUGCACCUGGUUCCUUGUUCUCCAGGCUGUUGGUUACAUCUCCCCAGACAAAGGCAGGGCCAAGAAAGUAUGUGAGAUUUGUCCACUGGGGCAUUCACGUCCUGAGGCUGAGGGUGUGAGCAAGGAUAUACCCAUCAUUCCUUUAGUCCAGAUAGGGAAACUGAGAUACCUUGGGCAGAAUUAUGCAAGGGAAAUGUUGGGAAGAUGAUGCCCCUGCCUUGCCACACACAUUCUAAUCUUGGUUCCCUCUCCCAGGUGUCCAGACAGCCGAGCCAGUUUCCUGGGCCCUAGGCCCCUCCCACAAUGCCUUUCGCUGGUCUUCUCCUCUGGGCUUCCCUACUGACUGGGGCCUGGCCAGCUACCCCCACCCAGGACCACCUCCUGGCUACGCCCCGUGUCCGGCUCUCUUUCAAAGAGCUCAAGGCCACAGGCACGGCCCACUUCUUCAACUUCAUGCUCAACACAACCGACUACCGAAUCCUGCUCAAGGACGAGGACCACGACCGCAUGUACGUGGGCAGCAAGGACUAUGUGCUGUCCCUGGACCUGCAUGACAUCAACCGCGAGCCCCUCAUUAUCCACUGGGCAGCCUCCCCGCAGCGCAUUGAAGAGUGCGUGCUCUCAGGCAAGGAUGGCAAUGGUGAAUGUGGGAACUUCGUCAGACUCAUCCAGCCCUGGAACCGAACACACCUGUACGUGUGUGGGACCGGCGCCUACAACCCCGUGUGCACCUAUGUAAACCGCGGCCGCCGUGCCCAGGACUACAUCUUCUACCUGGAGCCUGAGAGACUGGAGUCAGGGAAGGGCAAGUGUCCGUAUGACCCCAAGCUGGACACAGCCUCGGCCCUCAUCAACGAGGAGCUCUAUGCCGGAGUAUACAUCGACUUCAUGGGCACCGACGCCGCCAUCUUCCGCACCCUGGGGAAACAGACAGCCAUGCGCACAGACCAGUACAACUCCCGGUGGCUCAAUGACCCUUCCUUCAUCCACGCGGAGCUCAUUCCUGACAGCGCUGAGCGCAAUGACGACAAGCUCUACUUCUUCUUUCGCGAGCGAUCGGCAGAGGCGCAGCAGAGCCCCGCCGUGUACGCCCGCAUCGGGCGCAUCUGCCUGAACGAUGACGGCGGCCACUGCUGCCUGGUCAACAAGUGGAGCACAUUCUUGAAGGCAAGGUUGGUCUGCUCGGUGCCCGGCGAGGAUGGCAUUGAGACCCACUUCGAUGAGCUCCAGGAUGUGUUUGUCCAGCAGACCCAGGAUGUGAGGAACCCAGUCAUUUAUGCUGUCUUUACCUCCUCGGGCUCCGUGUUCCGAGGCUCUGCCGUGUGUGUCUACUCCAUGGCUGAUAUUCGCAUGGUCUUCAAUGGGCCCUUCGCCCACAAGGAGGGCCCCAACUACCAGUGGAUGCCCUUCUCAGGAAAGAUGCCCUACCCAAGGCCAGGCACGUGCCCUGGCGGAACCUUCACACCAUCCAUGAAGUCCACCAAGGACUAUCCUGACGAAGUGAUCAACUUCAUGCGCAGCCACCCACUUAUGUACCAGGCUGUGUACCCUCUGCAGCGACGGCCCCUUGUGGUCCGCACUGGCGCUCCCUACCGCCUCACCACUGUCGCCGUGGACCAGGUGGAUGCAGCCGAUGGGCGCUAUGAGGUGCUUUUCCUGGGCACAGACCGCGGGACAGUGCAGAAGGUCAUCGUGUUGCCCAAGAAUGACCAGGAGAUGGAGGAGCUCAUGCUGGAGGAGGUGGAGGUCUUCAAGGACCCAGCACCUGUUAAGACGAUGACCAUAUCUUCCAAGAGGCAACAACUGUACGUGGCCUCGGCAGUAGGUGUCACGCACCUCAGCCUGCACCGCUGCCAGGCCUACGGGGCCGCCUGCGCCGACUGCUGCCUCGCCCGGGAUCCGUACUGUGCUUGGGACGGCCAGGCCUGUUCCCGCUACACAGCGUCCUCUAAGAGGCGGAGCCGCCGGCAAGACGUCCGACACGGGAACCCCAUCAGGCAGUGCCGUGGGUUCAACUCCAAUGCCAACAAGAAUGCUGUGGAGUCCGUGCAGUAUGGCGUGGCAGGCAGCGCGGCCUUCCUUGAGUGCCAGCCCCGCUCACCCCAGGCCACUGUUAAAUGGUUGUUCCAGCGAGAUCCCAGUGACCGGCGCCGCGAGAUUCGUGCCGAGGACCGCUUCCUGCGUACAGAGCAGGGCUUGCUACUUCGAGCCCUGCAGCUCGGGGAUCGAGGCCUCUACUCCUGCACAGCCACAGAGAACAACUUCAAGCACGUCGUCACACGAGUGCAGCUACAUGUACUGGGCCGGGAUGCUGUCCAUGCUGCCCUCUUCCCGCCGCCAGCUGUGAGCGCCCCACCGCCUCCUGGCGCAGGCCCCCCCACACCCCCUUACCAGGAGCUGGCCCAGCUGCUGGCCCAACCAGAAGUGGGCCUCAUCCACCAGUACUGCCAGGGUUACUGGCGCCAUGUGCCCCCUAGUCCCAAGGAGGCACCAGGGGCACCCAGGCCUCCUGAACCCCAGGACCAGAAAAAGCCCCGGAACCGCCGCCACCACCCACCAGACACAUGAGGCCAGCUGUCAGCCCUGCAGUGGGCCAGCCUAGCCCUUGUCCCUUUUAAUAUAAAAGAUAUAUAUAUAUAUAAAUAUAAAAAUAUCUAUAUUCUAUACACACCCUGCCCCUGCAAAGACAGUAUUUAUUGGUGGGUUGUAUAUAGCCUGCCUCAGCGGCAGCAUCUUCCAAAACUUAGACCCAUGCUGGUCAGAGAUGGCAGAAAACAGAGCCAACCUACCAGGCCCAGUCAGUUGGCAGGGCCAGGCCAGGACCACACAGUCUUCAGACUCAGCUGGGAGUUUGCCUGCUGGACGACAGCCACCUCCAGGAUCUACAGGACACGGGGAGCGAUCAAGCUCUACCUGGACAGGGCACGGACUGUACACCUUUGCCAGUGCGUGCCGUCAGCUUGUGCCCCUGGCACAGACCUGGCCGCGAGGACUGCUUUGGAGACUGAGGGUGGUGGGCGGGUGGGGCUCAGAUGCACUCAGAGAAGGGAAGAAUGGGCUGUUACAGGAUGCCAGCCCCUGCCUGGGAGGGGGCACUCAGUCAAGGGCAGCCCCUCCCCAGGUAUUUAAUCUCUAUUUAUUGGGCACAGGAGAAGAGGAGCCCUGCCUGCUUAGGGCCGCACUCUAGCCCCCCCGCCCCGCUCCCUGCUGCCCAGGGCAGGGCUGCCUCACUCUACCUCCUCUUCUUUUGUUCUGUGUCACUUGGACUUAGGGGCUGGGAGAAUAACAGGGGCCAGGUGCAGGCAGGACUGAGGGAAGAGUGGGCCAUGGUGGAGGCCCACAGAGGCUCCCCAGGGCUCCUUUCUGCCCACCACUUCAGAUGGGUGUAAAUAGCUCUGGGUGGGGGCACGGCCAGGUGGGUAGGGGCUCCUGGUGGCCCUCUACUCCCCAGGCCACAGCCGCCCUUGGGUUCCAUCUUGCUAAUAAACACUGGCUCUGGGACU